GCUCCAUUUUCCCACUGCGCACUCUCGGGAGUGGAGCUGUUGGAAGGACAAUUUGCGUGUCGGACUCGGAGGUGUUUACCAGGCGCCACAAUGUGCACACGGUUAUUAUCGCGGACCGACGUUACAUGCGGAGACGAACCGUAGACAUUUGAGCUACUUCUACUUUUUACGAGCUAGUUACGUGGGCGUCUUCACUCGCGCGACAGGUUGGAACAUUAAACAGUUUAGACAUCGCUGCUCUUCAGAAACCACGUCCAACGUUCAUCGAUCAAGAGUUUGGCUAUUCUCCCCCUCGCUUGUGCUGUGGCUGAGACUCCUUGUGAGCUCAUGAAGCACGGGCACGCUUCGUAACCCGAACCACUCCUCCACGAACCCACUGGCCAGCUCGGACGCGUCCCCGCCCGGUGAAUAGACACUUGACUAUUUGGCUUGUUGUUGUUUUGGGGGGAAUCCCCUACCCUCCUUGAUAAAGAAAGCAAGCAGGCGACAUGGUGGUCAACACCAUCCACUGGUUCCGGAAGGGACUGCGGCUGCACGACAACCCGUCUCUGAGGGACUCGAUCCGGGAUGCGGACUCCCUGCGCUGCGUCUACAUCCUGGACCCCUGGUUCGCAGGGUCCUCCAAUGUGGGCAUCAACAGGUGGAGGUUUUUGUUGCAGUGCUUGGAGGACUUGGACGCCAGCCUGCGCAAACUCAACUCCCGCCUGUUUGUCAUCAGAGGCCAGCCUACAGAUGUCUUUCCUCGUAUUUUUAAGGAAUGGCAGACCACCCGUCUAUCUUACGAGUAUGACUCUGAGCCGUUUGGCAAGGAGCGCGAUGCUGCCAUCCAAAAGCUAGCCAGUGAGGCUGGAGUGGAGGUCAUGGUGCGGACUGCUCACACCCUCUACAACCUGGACAAGAUCAUAGAGCUCAACGAUGGUCAGUCUCCUCUUACGUAUAAGCGCUUCCUGGCCCUCAUCAACCGUAUGGAUGCUGUGGAGCUGCCUGCAGAGACGAUCACGUCCGAGGUCAUCCAAAAAUGUGCCACGCCCAUCAGCGAAGACCACGAUGACAAGUUUGCGGUGCCCUCCCUGGAAGAGCUUGGUUUCGAGACAGAGGGCCUGACCUCAGCUGUUUGGCCGGGUGGAGAAACCGAAGCCCUCGUGAGGCUCGAGCGGCAUCUGGAGAGAAAGGCAUGGGUCGCAAACUUUGAGCGUCCACGUAUGAACGCCAACUCCCUGCUGGCCAGUCCUACGGGCCUCAGCCCCUACCUGCGCUUUGGGUGUCUCUCUUGUCGGCUCUUCUACUUCAAACUUACGGAUCUUUACAAGAAGGUCAAGAAGAACAGCACCCCGCCACUUUCCUUGUAUGGCCAGCUGUUGUGGAGGGAGUUCUUCUAUACGACUGCCACCAACAACCCCUGCUUCGACAAGAUGGAGGGAAACCCCGUUUGUGUACAGAUCCCCUGGGACCGAAACCCAGAGGCGCUGGGCAAGUGGGCAGAGGGACGGACAGGCUUUCCCUGGAUAGACGCCAUUAUGACCCAGCUGAGGCAGGAGGGGUGGAUCCAUCAUUUGGCGAGGCAUGCUGUGGCCUGCUUCCUCACCAGGGGAGACCUGUGGGUCAGCUGGGAGGAAGGCAUGAAGGUGUUUGAAGAGCUGCUCAUCGAUGCGGACUGGAGUGUGAAUGCUGGCAGCUGGAUGUGGCUUUCUUGCAGCUCAUUUUUCCAGCAGUUUUUCCACUGCUACUGCCCUGUGGGAUUUGGACGACGCACGGACCCCAACGGGGACUACAUACGGCGUUAUUUGCCCAUAUUGAAAGGCUUUCCAGCCAAAUACAUCUAUGAUCCUUGGAAUGCCCCAGAGGAAGUGCAGAAGGCAGCCAAGUGCACCGUUGGAGUCCACUACCCGAGGCCCAUGGUGAACCACGGCGAGGCCAGCCGCAUCAACAUAGAGCGCAUGAAGCAGAUUUACCAGCAGCUUUCCAGCUACAGAGGACUGGGCCUGCUGGCAUCAGUACCUGCCAAUCCCAACAGUGCAACCGGCAGCAGUGUCGGAGGAGUCAACUGUGGCACCAGUCAUGGUCCGGGAGGGUCGUCUGAAGGCCUCUCCACAAAUGCAGGAACAUCUCGAACAGAGAGAGGUCAUUUCACACAGAAGCGGCGCCAUGAAGAAACUCAACUCAAAAGCGUCUCUAAAUCCUGGACGCAGAUCAAAUAGUGAGCAGAAAGCAGAACACAAAGGUCUUCUCCUGUAGUGCCCUCAGCUGACAACUAACUAACAACUAUAGCGAAUGCUAUAGAUCCAUAACACAUCUCGGUCUCCAGAUCUGACGCAUCGCACAUCUCAGGAACUCAAGGACUUCAGAGACGAUGCUGACAUUGAAGGGAGAGAAGCCUGAAAGUCGAGGAUAAAGGGAAGAAACAAGAUCUAAGAAGUCUCAAAACCAACCCAUUGUCCUCCACUACAGUGUGUAACUGUACAACUGUUAAAAACACUCGUCAUCAUCAGCAAUGCCUCAACAGCCCACAUCAGUCCGGCAUCAGGGUGAAACUGUAGUUCAGCGGAUUAUUAAAUCAGCUAAAUGUUUAUUAUUUCUCAUAAAUAGUGAGCUGAUUUUUAACCCCCCGGCCUCUACACCUUUAUGUGAGUGUGAAAUCUCAUUGUUAUCGAAAUGAUGGGAAACAACAACACAAUCCAGAGAAUAUGGAAUAUUCCCCGUGUGUGGUGCCCUCGGCCCCGUGUUGGCACCGAGGCGUGAUCUGAUGAGAUGGCACGCGGUCGUUUCUUUUCUCCAAAACAAACUAGCUCACACUGUCGUGAGUACACGGAACCCGGCUGUACAGCCGCUAGGCUUUUGGGUCUGAACAUACAGCCUUACAAUGGCCGUUAUAUGAAAUGAAAAUAUUUGUUCUUCUUUCCAGCUUUUGUAUAUUUGGUUCUAUGGUCUCAAAACUACUUUUGUAAAUAUUCUGUAACCAAAACUCAAAGUUCCACUGUGAAUGCGUGUGCUUUGGUCUCCCACGUGAUUGUAAAUAUAUUAUUUUUGUAUCAAGAAUGGCCAAAUUCUAACUAUUGAAAUGGCAAUAAAUGAAACUUUGUCGUA